CCGCCGAGGGGCGGGGCUUAGCAGAAACCGGAAGAGCAAAGUGUUCGAGCGGUGCACAUGAUUGGAAACCAAAACAAUGAAGGCGAUCAUUCAACGAGUAACAAAGGCAAGCGUAACAGUCGGGGAGGAGCAGAUCAGCUCCAUAGGCAGAGGGCUCUGCGUCUUACUCGGCAUCUCACUGGAGGACACGCAGAAGGACGUGGACUACAUGGUACGGAAGAUUCUGAACAUGCGUCUGUUCGAGGAUGAGAACGGCCGUGCCUGGAGCCGCAGCGUGAUGGACAGAGAGCUGGAGGUGCUGUGUGUGAGUCAGUUCACUCUGCAGUGUAUCCUCAAGGGAAACAAGCCUGACUUCCACUCUGCCAUGCCGGCCGAACUGGCCCAGCCCUUCUACAACAGCAUGCUGGAGCAGCUGAGGGAAGCGUAUAAACCAGAAUGCAUCAAAGAUGGGCAGUUUGGUGCAAAAAUGCAGGUACUCAUACAAAAUAUUGGACCUGUGACCAUUCAGCUGGAGUCUCCUGCUGGCCCUACAGACCCUAAACUGCUGUCCAAACAAGAGAAGCAACUACAGCGUAAAGAAAAAACACGGUCGAAAGGCCCCUCUGAGUCCAGCAGAGAGAAGGCAGCUCUUCGCUCGAAAGCAGACCCCAGUGCCAGCAGCGGAGCCGAGGGAGACGUGUCCUCUGAACGAGAACCAUAAAGUACCUCACGGAUUUUGCACCUUGCAUAUCCAUCCAGCUUCCAGUGGAAUGCUGCUGUCUUCAGGGACGUCUUUCAGUGCAGCUCAUACAGCUGACCUCUGUCUUAUCAUUUUCCCUCUCAAAUGUCCGCUAUAGUGCCCAGUCUGAUUUUCUUCUGAAACCGGGUUUGUAUAUAAACAUAAGAACAAGCGGCAGCUCCACAUUUACUAGUAGAAAAAAGACUCAGGCACACAUCAGUGGUGUUUUAGCACCACUUUGAACACAUUAUCUGAAUAUUUACUAUGCCAUCUAAUUUAUUGAAAUGUAUACAUCUCUGUAAUGUGUUUUAAUAAAAACAGGAGAGAAAAA